CCUUAAUUUUUUUCUAGUUUUUAUGAUUUCUUUGGUUAGGACAGAUUUGCAAGUUUUCUGUAGAAUCGGCGCGAAUUCUUUGUCAAUUUGUGGGCGUCGCUAUGUAAAUUCUAAAUUAUUGCUCAAUUCAAAUUUAAAACCGACAACAAUAUUUCGAUUAUAUUCUAAUAAAAAUGAAGUUAAAACAACCAAGAACAUAACAAAAGAAAUUGCUGAGCCGGAGCGUAGUUAUCUUGAAGACAUUUUGGACGAAAGUGAGGAAAAGCCUAAAACGACUGGACAAAAAGUUAAAAGAGCAGCAGAGACUUCUUUUUAUGUUAGUGCUGGACUUGCUUCUUGUGCGGUGCUUGGUGGUUUAGUAUAUUUGCUCGUGAAGGAGUUAGUCUCGUUCAGCUCACCAAACGGUGUUUAUAGGGAUGCAUUUAAACGGGUAAAAAAGGAUGAUAGAUGUUUUGAAUUGUUUGGAGAGGGACUGCGGGCGCAUGGCGAAACAUCAGGUAGAGGACGAAGGCGACACAUUGCCAACCAACGAUUUGAAAAGGAUGGGCAACAAAGACUGCGAAUAAUGUUCCAUUUAAAGGGAGACAAGGCAAACGGAAAAGUUCACGCGGAAGUAGCUAAUAUAGACGGCAAAUGGGAUUAUAGGUUUUUAAUUGUUGAAUGUGAAGACCAGCGACCACAUACUAUUGUUUUGAUUGAUAAUAGAUGA